AUGAGGCCUUGGUGGGUCACAGUGCAGCCUCCGGCCAGGAGAAUGGGGUGGCUCCCACUACUGCUGCUUCUGACCCAGUGCUCAGGGGCCCCUGGGCAGCGCUCGCCCUUGAAUGACUUCCAGGUGCUCCGGGGUAUGGAGCUGCAACACCUGCUACAUGCAGUGGGGCCCAGGCCUUGGCAAGAGGACGUGGCAGAUGCUGAGGAGUGUGCAGGGCGUUGCGGGCCCCUACUGGACUGCAGGGCUUUCCACUACAACGUGAGCAGCCAUGGUUGCCAACUGCUGCCAUGGACUCAGCACUCACCCCAUACACGGCUGCAGCGUUCUGGGCGCUGCGAUCUCUUCCAAAAGAAAGACUAUGUGCGGACCUGCAUCAUGGACAAUGGUGUCAAGUAUCGGGGCACUGUGGCCAUCACCACGGCUGGCCUACCCUGCCAGCGCUGGAGCCACAGGUUCCCCAAUGAUCACAAGUACACACCCACACUCCGAAAUGGCUUGGAGGAGAACUUCUGCCGCAACCCUGACGGGGACCCGGGAGGUCCCUGGUGCUACACGACAGACCCUGCCGUGCGCUUCCAGAGCUGCGGCAUCAAGUCGUGCCGGGAGGCUGCUUGCGUUUGGUGCAAUGGCGAGGAUUACCGCGGCGCAGUGGACCGCACCGAGUCAGGACGCGAGUGUCAGCGUUGGGACCUGCAGCACCCGCACGCGCACCCCUUUGAGCCGGGCAAGUUCCUUGACAAAGAUCUGGACGACAACUAUUGUCGGAAUCCGGACGGCUCGGAGCGGCCGUGGUGCUAUACCACAGACCCGCAGACGGAGCGAGAGUUCUGCGACCUCCCCCUCUGCGGGUCCGAGACACAGCCACGCCACGAAGCCACGACCCUUGACUGCUUCCGCGGGAAGGGCGAGGGCUAUCGGGGCACGGCCAACACUACCGCCGCGGGCGUGCCCUGCCAGCGUUGGGACGCGCAGAACCCGCAUCAGCAUCGCUUUUUGCCGGAGAAAUACGCGUGCAAGGACCUUCGGGAGAACUUCUGCCGGAACCCCGACGGCUCGGAGGCGCCCUGGUGCUUCACAUCACGGCCUGGCAUGCGCGUGGCCUUCUGCUACCAGAUCCGGCGCUGCGCCGACGACGUGCGGCCCGAGGACUGCUACCGCGGCGCGGGGGAGUGGUACCGCGGCUCGGUCAGCAAGACCCGCAAGGGCGUAACGUGCCAGCGCUGGUCCGCGGAGACGCCGCACAAGCCGCAGUUCACGCCCACCUCUGCCCCGCACGCCCAACUGGAGGAGAACUUCUGCCGGAACCCGGACAGGGAUAGCCAUGGACCCUGGUGCUACACUACUGACCCGGGGACUCCAUUCGACUACUGUGCACUGCGGCGCUGCGAUGAUGACAAACCACCGUCCAUCUUGGAGCCCCCAGUCCAGAUGCUGUUUGAGAAGUGUGGCAAGAGGGUGGCUCACCUGGAUGAGUGGCGCUCCAAGCUGCGUAUGGUGGGAGGCCAGCCGGGGAACUCUCCCUGGACAGUCAGCUUGCGCAACCGGCAGGGCCAGCAUUUCUGCGGGGGGUCCCUAGUGAAGGAGCAGUGGGUACUGACUGCCCGGCAGUGCUUCUCCUCCUGCCAUGUGCCUCUCAUGGGCUAUGAGGUGUGGCUGGGCACCCUAUUCCAGAACCCGCAGCCUGGGGAGCCAGACCUGCAGCAGGUCCCAGUGGCCAAGAUGGUGUGUGGGCCCUCAGGCUCCCAACUUGUUCUGCUUAAGCUGGAGAGACCUGUGACCCUGAACCAGCACGUGGCCCUGAUCUGCCUGCCCCCUGCGCGGCAUGUGAUACCUCCAGGCACCAAGUGUGAGAUCGCAGGCUGGAGUGAGACCAAAGGUACAGGGGACAAUGCAGUCCUAAACGUGGCCUCACUGAAUGUCAUCUCCAACCAGGAAUGUAAUGUCAAACACCGAGGACGAGUACACGAGAGUGAGAUGUGCACUGAGGGACUGUUGGCUCCUGUGGGUGCCUGUGAGGGUGACUACGGGGGCCCACUUGCCUGCUUUACCCAUGACUGCUGGGUCCUGGAGGGAAUCAUAAUCCCCAACCAAGUGUGUGCACGGCCCCGCUGGCCAGCCAUCUUCAUGCGUGUCUCUGUGUUUGUGGACUGGAUUCACAAGGUCAUGAGGCUGGGCUAGGCCCAGCCUCAAUCCUAUGUGCCUUGGGGAAGACGAAGCUUCCUGUCAGACAUAAAGUCACCUUUCCUCUUUA